AUGAUGAUUGCUAGAGGAAAAAUUGGUAAUUACUUAAGAACCAAUGGUUCUUUAGGACUGUGUGUUCGUAAAGGGUCUACUUUUGUUUCUGGUAAGAGUGGUGUAGUUGGUGGUGGUGCUGCUGCUGCCCCAGGUAGUGGUUCAGCUAUCCGCAAGGGCUCCAACAGUGGUGUUGGGUCCAAGACAUUGGAGAAUGGUACUCAUUACAAUAGGAAAUUGGAGCCAAUGGAGGUGAGUAAUAAUGGAUCUAUAUCUUCCAAGGUUAAGGAUGAGAUUGAUUGGUAUACUUCGUGGUAUGGGUUGGGUCAAAAGCCGUUUGGUGAGGAUGUUCAGAAUGAAUUAGUGAAGAUUUUAGAGGUCAAGGACAUUGAAAUUAAACCUGAUGGUUUAAUUUAUUUACCUGAAAUCAAAUAUCGUCGUAUUUUGAACAAGUCAUUUGGUGCAGGUGGCUGGGGCUUGGUGCCUCGUUCUGACACUAUUGUCACCAACUCGUUGGUCACUAGAGAGUAUGGUUUAAUAUGCCAUGGUCAAUUGGUAAGUGUAGCAAGAGGUGAGCAAGAUUAUUUCUCAGAACAAGGUAUCCCUACAGCUACAGAAGGUCGCAAGAGUAAUGCAUUGAUGAGAUGCUGUAAAGAUCUAGGUGUAGGGUCUGAAUUAUGGGAUCCUGUGUUCAUAAAGAAGUUCAAAAAGGAGCAUUGUGUUGAGAAGUUUGUUGAACAUGUCACUACAGGUAAAAAAAGAAAAAUAUGGUUGAGAAAGGAUAGAAUCGUAGAAUACCCUUAUAAGGACAAGAGUUUUUAA